GGGCAGCAACACGAACAGGCCUAUAUACUAUACAUUUUCAGUACUGGCAGUUAAUAUCGGAACACAACCUGGUUGCAGUGGUGGCUGGAUAAUAAGGUUAUUUCGGUUUUGAUUGGUCUUGACAGCCUUUGAUCAUGUCAAAUUGUAGUUGAUAAGAACAAUUACAUCAUAAUCUUUCUUAUUAACAAUUUUUGCGCUUGGAAAAAUAUUUAUGUUCAUAUAUGGGUUACGUUUCACACGAAAAUCGUAAUUUAUUUUUCUCGGCGUUAUUUCAUUAUUUUUUCGUUUUUUGCCCGUCUGUCUGCUCAGUGUACCUUGAUCUACUUGUUAUUUGACAAUAUGAUGCCAAAUACGGAUGUCUAUGAUAGCCUGUACUUGUAUGCCACUCCAGAAAAGUUCUUUGUUGAGCCAGUUGGAACUAAGGUCUUGCUAGUGGUUGAUAGAGUGAGUCAGCAGAUUUAUACACAAGUCUGUGCUUCUUUUUGCAGUUGGCACUGCUAAUCAGAUUCCAACAACUGCCAGCCGUAGAAAGAUAUGGGGACUAGUGGGAACUAUACGCCUUUUGGCAUGUCGUUAUCUCAUUGUUAUUACGGAUGCACAAAUGUGUGGGACUAUAGCUGGACACAAUAUUUAUAGGGUAGCCUUGACAGAUGUGAUACCCUAUACCAGGUCUUCUCUGCAUUUGACUGAGAAACAGGUCCAACAUAAUGCUGUGUACUUGGAGAUGAUAAAAUCUGUAUUGAACAUGCCGUAUUUUUACUUCAGCUAUACUUAUGAUCUCAGUCAUACUAUGCAGAGGUUGCAUAAUACCACACCUGAAUUUUUGCAAAUGCCGCUUCAUGAUAGGGCAGAUCCCAGGUUUGUAUGGAAUGCCUAUCUCCUGCAGGAUCUUAGCGCAAGACCAGAGCAGUAUAAAUUCUGUUUACCCAUUAUUCAUGGCUUUGUCUCUCUGAAUACAAUGGUUGUGAAUGGUAUUGCAUUUAAUUGGGGCAUUGUCUCUAGACGUGGUAUACAUCGUGCUGGCACAAGACUAUUUUCACGUGGUAUAGAUGCCACUGGGAACGUGUCUAAUUAUGUGGAGACUGAGCAGUUGAUUGAGGUAAAUGGCGAUCGCAGUUCCUUUGUGCAGACUCGUGGAUCCAUUCCUCUCUUUUGGUGCCAGACGCCAAACUUGAAGUACAAGCCUAAGCCACAGAUCAGUCUGCAUGAGGAUCACCAAAGCGCUUGUGCUCGUCACUUUGAUGUUCAAAUCUUUCAUUAUGGAAGGCAAAUUCUAGUGAAUUUGAUUGAUCAACGUGGACCAGAAGCACUACUUGAAGAUGCAUAUCGUAAUUUAGUCCAAAGAAUUAAUAACCAAAAUGUUCGAUAUGAGGCUUUCGACUUUCACGCGGAAUGUAGAAGAUUGAGGUGGGACAAAUUGAACACAUUAAUGGAUCGAUUAGCCCAUGAUCAAGAACAAAUGGGAUAUUUCUUGUUGAUGAGAGACGGAGCAUUGAUCUCUGCUCAGGAUGGUGUUUUCCGCACGAAUUGCAUUGACUGUCUAGAUCGGACGAAUGUUGUACAGAGUAUGUUGGCGAAACGAGUUCUCAAUGAAGUAUUGAGCAGGCUAGAGAUACUUAGAAAGGUGGAAGAUCAUCCUGCGUUUGAAAAUCUUUUCAAACAGGUUUGGGCCGAUAAUGCGGAUGUUAUAAGUAUUCAAUACUCGGGUACAGGAGCGUUGAAGACUGACUUUACGCGAACUGGAAAGCGCACUAAAUUAGGUGCGAUGAAAGACGGCUUAAAUUCUUUGACGAGAUAUUAUAAGAACAAUUUCGCCGAUGGAUACAGACAGGAUUCGUUAGAGCUCUUUUUAGGCCGUUACAUUGUCCAGGACGGUGAAUGCACUUCUAUUCAAUGUCCCUUGGAAUCUGAGCGAAACUGGCGUUAUACUACAUUCCCACUUGUUCUUUUAGUUGCUACUUCGAUGUUGGUAGCUCACAUAGUUUUACCAUCGCGAUACACAACGGAAAUAUUACUAUACAUGCUAUUUUGGGGCGCCAUGGUAGCUGGUACAUUUGCCACUAUUAUUCAUCACGGCAAGCAAUAUGUCGACAAGCCAAAAUUACUUUAAUAGAGUUAAUUAAUAAUUUUAUGAAAUGUCAAAUUAUGUAUAUUGUAUAAUAUGGAUAAUUGAUAAGCAAUUGUAGAAUUUUUUGUUAAUUUUGCAUAGUUAUUAAAUGAUCUAUAUCUCGGUUUCUGUAUUAUGGAAGAAAAAUAGAUUUCAUUGUGCGAUGCAUUAAUAACGCAAACUUUCAUAAAAUUUGUUAAUUAAUAUGUUAAUUUUCGGUAGUAUUCGCGCUAUAUUAGUUACACAAUUAUAAACAUUUGUAUCAAAA